AUGACAGAAUUAGUAGAAGAACUCGAAGUGUACAAGAAGUUGGACGACCGUAAACAAGAAGAAGACGUCAGAGUGAAGGUAGAGGAGCAGGAGUCGAGAGAUUUAUUAGUGGAGACAAUGAUUCGAACCAUUAGCCCCGACGACCCGACGGCGGACCGUAAUCGUUCGAAAGAUUCGCUCGCACGACGUUACUUUAUCCUAAGCAUAAAACAUCGAUAA